AUGGCUGCUGAGGGAGUGACGAGUGCAGCGAUGAAAGAGGCGGUGCUGGCAGCAGUCAAAGAGGAGCUGGCUGCACACAAGGAGGAGGUGGAUGAGCUGCGGCGCACAUUGACAGCAGUGCAGGGGGAGUUGGUAGCGGUUAAGGGGAAGUUGGAAGCAGUUGAAUGCGAGUUGGCAGUGGUUAAAGUGGAAUUGGCGGAACACAAGGGCGCUAUGGCAGAGAAGUUGGCUGAGGGUAGUAAGGCAUCGAAUGCAGAAGGGCUGAGAGGGAAGAGUCGGAAGAGAAGGCAAGAAACCACAACGGAGUUUGCACGGGAGGAGGAGAGGGGGAGGGAGAUGCAGGAGUUGAACCAGCCGCGUGCCAUGGAGGAACCGGCGGGCUGUGAGGUAGGGCAGAUGAUGCAAGAUUUGAAGCUGGAUGUUGAGCUGCAAAUCAAGGAGAGUGUUGAUCGGAAGGUGGAAUGGCAGGAAAUCAAGGAAGCAUCACAAUCGCUCAUUCUAAAUCUGAUGGAACUCAGCGGCCUCUCCGACGCCAUGCUCGCCCAUGUAGUCUCAGCGCUAGAUUUUCUCACACGGGGCAAGUCGAUCCCCGUCGUUGCACCCCACGUUGCCUCGUGCUCAACCCAAGUUAUACCCCCAACCAACGCAUCGCCAGACACUGUGGCCGAAGAAAAGGCGGACGAUGGCAUGCCCAAGGCUACCACGCCCACGUCGACAAGCUCGCCUACAUCCGGCCGUGAAUCCAUCCGCCCUGUUGUUUCUGUUGCAACAACCACCGAUCUUCGGGCUAACCCUGUGCUGCCUGACAGGGCUUCACUGAAAGCUAAAUACAAGCAGAGGAUGCUUAACUUUGCCCGUCCCGCAGGUCCUACCUUGCCCGCGCCAUCGGAGACGGUCCCGCCCACGACUCGUCAAUCCGCCGAUGACGAUUCGGAAGAAGAGGACAAGGGCAAAACCAAGGGACGUCGGCCGCUCUCUGUGGAAGAGCUGCAGCUCAAGUGUAAGGAGCAGUGGCUUCGCUAUUUCCCGUGGCUCUUCAUCAGUGAGACGAAGGACGGGCGACCGUGCAUGCGCUGCAGCGUCUGUAUGGUGUUCGGGGACCCGCACUACAAGUACGGCCGCUACGGUGAAGGCGGCCUCGACAUUCAGAAGCAGACGAUGCGCAAGCAUCAUUUCAGCGUGAAGCACGAGGCCGCGGUGCUGCAGAAGGAACAACGUGAUGGCCUUAAGAAAGGCCAGAAGUCCAUGACAACCUUCGACAAGGGUGACGACGACGCCAGGCGAAUUGCUCGAUUAAUGGCAAUCGCUCUCUUCAUCUGCAAAUCUGACGCCCCUAUUGUGCUUUUCGUUGCUCUUGUUCAAUUCAUGGCUGAGCAGGGCACGCCGGACAUGCCCGUGAAGGAAAACGGCACGUACUACAGCGAGGAGGCGCUGGCAGCAAAAGAUGCAGCAACCGCGUUCCCUGACCUCCAGAUUGUGGACAAGGCGGUCCGGUCUGUGGUCGACAUUCUCGGGCGCCUUGUGGUCCAUACGCGUUUCAAGGAGCUGCAAGAGGUCAUUUGCGAGACACAUUUGGAGAUGCAGGGCAUCAAGGACGUGAGGUGGCUUUCCCGAGGCAAUGCGAUCCAGCGACUCGUCGCGGUGUUUCCUGCGGUUGUGAUCGUCUUGCAGGAAUUCGACAAAAAGAUGUACGCGACAGUGACUAGUUUCAAAUUCCAUUUCUUACUCUACUUGCUUGCCGAUGUGUUGAAGGAGCUGAACCUGCUCAACUUGAAGUUCCAGCAACGACAGACGGUACACAACACAACACUCCUGCUGCGGACUCGUUACCUCGACAGCAACGACGAGACGUUCGGGCAAAGCGGCGCUGCGCUGGGUCCAUUCUUGGCGAAACAUGCCUCGGGGAAGUGUCGGGAGGUCAAGGUUGAUGGCCUAGAUUCCACCGGAGUGCCAACAACUCACCGCUACCUGCUGCACGAAGAGGCUAUCGUGGGGCAGCAGAGCAAAGGCGACCUCAACUCCUGUUUGAAGCUCGGGCGGGACUUCGUUGUUGAGCUGAUUAAGCAGCUCGACUACCGACUGCAUGAUCUCGCGUCGCUCAAUGGCGCGAAGCUCUUCAAGAAGUCCCAAUACCCCAAGUCACAGGCUAAGCGCGAGCGACGGUUGGCGCAGUGGUUGCAGUCGCUGCGCGACAUGUACAAGAAGCAUCCCGAGGAUCCGGACACUCUGCCAGGUGUGUUAGGCGUAUUGUCGUGA